CCCAAAUUAAAUAUAUAUCAUGGCCAAUAAGUUAGAUACUUUGACUGUCAACUUGUCCAGUGCACCUUAUCAACGUGCUUUCACCACCAGCACUAGCCCUGUUGUAUUAUUCUCUGUUUUAGACCACUAUUUACGCCGCGAUGAUCCUCAAACCAAGGUCAUUGGUGCUCUCUUGGGUGUUCGUAGCUCUGAUGGUACUGAAGUUGAGAUCAGAAAUGCUUUUGCUUUGAUCCACACUAGCGAAAAGGACGAGAUUACUGUUGAUAGAGAGCAUUAUCGUAGCAUGUAUGAGUUACAUCAAAGAGUCAACCCCGAGGAAAUCAUCCUUGGUUGGUACACUGCUGGUCCCAACCUUACAGCUGCCUGUACUCCUGUACAUGCCUUCUUUGCUGAAGAUGUUGCUCCUUUCCAACCCAUUCAUGUCACAAUCGAUACUGAUGCUCUUUUCAAGACUGCUGACAUGGGUCUCCGUGCAUAUGCUAGUGCCCCCGUUGGUUUCUCUACUAAGCCUGGAGAUUGUUUGUUCUUGUCUGUUCCUUGUGAAGUUAAAUAUCUCGACGCUGAGAGAAGUGGCUUGGAUAUGCUUUCAUCUGCCAAGACCAACGAGAACCGUACUGCUUCUUUAAUUUCAGAUAUGGAUCACCUUGAGAUUGCUAUUGCCAAGCUCCAAGAGAUGCUUGAAAGAAUCAGCAAAUAUGUCGAUAGUGUUGUUGAGGGUGGUGUCGAACCUAACAACGCCAUUGGUAGAUACAUUAUGGAUACUGUUUCUGUUGUUCCCAAGAUCGAUAGCACAGCAUUCGAAAAGAUGUUCAACUCUCACUUACAAGAUCUUUUGAUGGUUGUUUACCUCGCCAACAUGACUCGUACUCAACUCUCUGUUGCCGAACGUUUGCAAUUAUUGGUUGCCAACUAAACAGCAACUUAUACAAAAAAAAAAAAGUUACAUAAUAAUGCCGAUUUCUAUUUUACACACCUUUUUCCCCCCAUCUGACAUAUUUUCCACCCUUUCCACGUUGAUAAAAUUUGACUGUAUAUUUUUUUUUUACAUGUAAUACAAAAAGGAGGGGUGUGCGUGUGUUUUUUUGACAUGAUUUAACCUUUUGUGUGAUUGUAAAAUCGGUGGCUUAUGGCAACUUUAAACCAUCAAUUGACAGUGAAGCCAUUCAUGGUUCGAUUUGACCCCACAUGAUUUGACCCCACAUAAACGAGAUUUCCCUUUUAAUAGCUGCUCCUAACUUUUUUUUUU